AUGGCGGACGGACUGUUUCAGCGCAAAGCCUGGGGUCCCGAGCAGAUUCGCCCGGACCCCGACCCCGAGUCCGAAGGCCUGUUUGACAAGGCUCCCCCGGAAGAGCCCCCAGCCGCCCGCGCGGGCAGGAAGGCGGGUCGGCGCGCCGGCGGGAGGGCGCAGGGUGGCCGCGCCGGGCAGCCCCCGAAGGCCGCUGCGCGCCCCCCGCCCAAGGAGGAGCAACCUCCGCUGGACGAGGGCUGCUAUCUUGACCAUUUUCCGCACCUCUCCAUCUUUAUCUACGCGGCCAUCGCCUUCUCCAUCACCUCCUGCAUCUUUACCUAUAUCCACUUACAGCUUGCCUGA